CAUUAAAUUCUAAAUGUUACUCGAAUUUCGAGAAUUCCAAUCGUCCUUCUCUUCAUUUGUCCGAAGCUGAAAUUCUCACUUCUUUUCUGUUCGCAUACCCUUCUUCUAUUUUGUCUUCACUUAGCAGAGUUUCUUGAUUUUCAGAAAACAUUUCCUGAAAACAGAAAGAAAAAAGGGAGACAGAGAGAGAGAUGGGUGGUUCAGGGAAGUGGAUUAAAUCGCUGAUCGGUCUCAAAAAGCCCACUGUUACUGAAACCGAAAAAGGGGGUGGAAAGAGCAAGAAAUGGAGGCUAUGGAGGAGUGCAUCUGAGGGGAUGGCUACGGCGGCGAAGGGCGGAAAAGGGAGUGGCGAUGCGGCUGAGACUGAGGGGCCAGAGGGUGCUUCUUAUGUUUUUGACGGUGAAAGGGCGGCCGCCGUGGCUGCUCUGGCCAAAGCUUCACCCAAGGAUUUCAUGGCUGUCCGCCGAGAGUGGGCCGCUGUCCGAAUUCAGACAAUUUUUCGUGCUUUUCUGGCGAGACGUGCUUUAAGGGCGUUGAAAGCAUUAGUUCGACUGCAAGCUAUAGUUCGGGGACGGCUUGUUAGAAAGCAAGCUGCAGUGACUCUGAGGUGUAUGCAGGCUCUCGUACGAGUCCAAGCCCGAGUUAGAGCUCAGUGCAACCAGUCGUCUGCUGGAGGGGAGUUGGAAAAUCAGAAUGAAGCUGAUCCUGUAAAACUGGCUGAGAGUGGGUGGUGCGAUAGCCGUGGGACGGUUGAGGAAGUGAGGUCUAAGUUGCAAAUGAAGCAAGAAGGAGCCAUCAAGAGGGAGAGAGCAAUUGCCUAUGCCCUGUCCCAACAGCAAUUAAAGAAAGCCCCUAAUUUGAGAUUGAACAAGAUGGCUACACCAACUAGGGUGGACAAGAGCAGAGCAGGACUGAACUGGUUGGAACGUUGGAUGGCAACGAAGCCGUGGGAGACGAGGUUGAUGGAAGAAUUCCACACUGACUCAUUUGAAAUAUUGGCAACUCCUAUGAAAUACGACGGUUACAUGGUUGGAUCUUUUUCUAGUACAUCCGACCAAGAUUCAAUGAGGAUAAGACGCAACAAUGUUUCUACACGAAUAUCCUCCAAAGUACCUAAAAGUUGCCAAAUUCUACGCUCAUCAUCUGAUCCAUGUUCCGAUUCUUUAUAUGAUGAGAGCACAACUUCAAACUCGUCAACAACGACUUCCGAGACUCCUGGAUCAGGUGACACUCUGGUGGAGCAAAACAGCACUAAGCCUAGCUACAUGAACCUGACGAGGUCGAUCAAGGCUAAGCAGAAACCGUAUACUUAUUCAUCACACAAUCAGUCAAUGCAGAGGCAUUCAGUCGAGGAUUUGCCUUACCGUAGGAAACCAAGUCCGCUUUCUAAGGGGAACGGUAGGAGGAGUGCUGAUACUGACCUUUAUUCAGUUGAUUUCUGCAAGGAUCUCUACCCUCCUGUGCAUGUGGCUGAUUACGAAGGGGUAAAAGGUCGAGGAUAUUACAAGUAAAGCAAUGAUAUCUAAUUGCAUAAUCUUUUAUGUACUUUGGAAGAUGUCUUCCUGAUGAGUUCAACAACUUGUUGUUCUUGGUACUUACAUUUCUUUUUUCUUUCCUGGUGUGUUGGAAUUCUUGUCGUAGUCAAGGCAUGUAUGUUAAGGUUGGUUUGUCAGUACAGAAAAAAGAAGCUCUGAUGGAUACUGAGAGAUCAAAGUUAUAGUUACUGGAUAUGUUGAUGUGUAGUUCAAAUCAUCACAAAGUA